UUGUGAUACUCGUUGAUAAUUGUUUAUCACGUUUAUUCUGAAAAAGAAAAACAUUUCAGCGAUUUAAAUUGCAGUAAAUAUAAACAUGGCCUGUAGAUAUAAUAAUUUAAACUAUAUUUCUAGUUAUUAAAUGUUAGCGGUUCAUUUCUGAGCGACACAGACCGAGAAUCACGGAUAAGGAUCAUGGCAAAAUCAUGCUGCGUAGAAGGUUGCAUUGCCAAAGAUGUAGUCUAUUUCAGAUUUCCUAACAGCCGAACUCAAUGUAAGAAAUGGAUUGAAGCUAUGAAUUUAACCAGCAAGCCGUCCUACAACUCUAUGAUAUGCAGCGAUCAUUUCAGACCGGACGAUUAUGGUGUAGUUCGCGGUAAAGUCAGGUUAAAACCUAAAGUUGUGCCUAUAUCACAGAAUGAACAACAAAAACCAAAUGAAAUAACAAAAGAUAAUGCUAAUAAAGAAAAUAACGAUAGUUUAGAAAAUCAAAAGAUCGUAAACUUCAAGCGGAAUAAAGCAGAAGAAAUAAAGAAUGGCAUAGAAGAUGUAAAUGGAGAUGAAAGAAAGGAAGAAAUAAAAGAUAAGAAAGAAACAGAUGCACAGGAUACAUCUUCUGAUGAUGAACCCCUUAGUAAACAUCAGACUACAAAAGAAUCCCCAAAAAAAUUGCCGGAAAGUAUAAAUCAAUUUGAUUUAAAUUCAAAUACAAAUGUAACAAUGGACAAUGAUAUAGAAGAUAUGUUGACUUAUUACUCUAUAAAGAAUAAAAGUCUGUCACACGUACAGACAGAAGAAAAUAAGCAAGAGAUUAGCCAAGAAAAUACAGAUUUGCCACCUCAAGAGAAUGAACCGCCCCCAGUGUUUAUAGAAGUUGCUGCAAAUCAAGAACAAAAUAACCGAGACACAGGCAGCCCGCAAGACUGUCUCAUGUUGUUGGAGAGUGUGCAAGUGGAAUUGGACCCGAAUGAGCUGAUGAUGUCAGAUGUAGAUGACAAUGGACCUUGUGGUGAACAACCUGAAGAUCCAAUCAGCUUGUUGACUUCAAGUGAUGAUGAUGAUGUCAUAAUCGAAGAGCCCCAUAUUGACACAGUGGAGGUGUCAGAUGCAACUGACGAGGAUGAUGUGCCGCUGGUGAAGUUGGUGCCGAAGACAUCGAAACUUCGCCCCCGCUGGCGAGCUCCUAAUCCCUUUUAUAGGAAAGAUGUCUGGGGAAUUUAUCAGUACUUCUGUCCACAAUGUAACUACAGGACGCCCAGUAAAUCUGAAUACAAGGCACACACAAUCGAGCACUCGACCGCAGUGUUAGUGUGCCACAGGUGUGCCUUCACAACAUCCAGCAAGGUCCAGUAUACGAGACAUAUGAGACGACAUAAAGAAUCAAGGAGAUUCAAAUGUCAUUUAUGUUCGUACAAAGCGAAAUAUCAAAUGAGUCUCGUGUACCAUUUAAAGUGUCAUGAAAGUGUCGGUGACAAGUGUAUGUUCAAAUGUGAUAAAUGUGAUUAUGUUUCAAGUGUUAAACGGUAUUUAUUGAAGCAUGUGCUUGUGUGUAGUGCGAGGAAAAUUAAACCGAGAAGACAUAAACGGCCUAAAACUAAAGAGGUAAGACUUUCUAAAUAAGUUAACUUUAUAGUUAUUUGUGGGAACUAAAUCUUAUUUUAAAUGGUUAUUUUUUUAAUUACCAGGCAAGUAAUCUAACUAUAUGAAAUUACGUAUUAGUGUCUGUAGGUAAUGUUGGAAAGAAAAUCCGACAUCGUACCGAUGUAAUGGCGCAACACUAGCCUUAUUAAAAUGUCAAUGUCUA